AUGAAGUCAUUUGCGGUGAUGCUGCUUCUAUCGGCGUGUCUGCUUUUCGCUGUACGCAUACGGGGUAUCGUCGCCCAAAACAGCGACCAAACGUCUCACAUCGUACUGCUCGGAUCAACAAGACCCGAUGGCACGCGUGAAUUCCGGUGCGGUGGAUCAUACCUCGGCCGUAACAUAGUGCUGGCCGGUGCACACUGUAUCAGCGGGAAAAAUCAACCCACCCUCGACACGGUGCGUUUCGGCAGUGGUACGAACAAUGUUAUGCAUUUUCGCAUCGUCAACCACACGCUGCACUAUCGCUACAAGCCCCAGUUCGAAUACCAUAACAUGGCUGUGUACUAUCUGGAUGCGAGUCCCGAUAGUGUCGGUGCCGGACGCUUCAAACCGGCUUGCAUACUGAAGCCACACAUGAAGCAGGGCAUUGUGCAGAUGGUUGGGGACAGCUCGGACGGGCGCGGAUUGUCGCUUCAGUCGACCUCGCUGGAUGUGGUACCGUCCGAAAAGUGUCACGAAUACUACAAUCCCAUACCGAAGCUUCGCUUCGGUGUGCUGCUCUGCUGUUUCUGUGCCAUGAACUCCGACACAACCGAAUGCUCUAAUAUGCACAGCUCUCCCCUACAGCUGGUAAUCAAUCGGAACGGGAAGCGGGUACCAUUUCUCAUCGGUCACAAGUCGAUCGGUAAGGCUUGCGGUGUCAAAAGUCCAGCCGUCUUCACACGCUACGGAUCGUACUACGAGUGGUUGGAAACCAUCACCAAUUUACCGUUGGAGGCGACCGAUUGCUUUAGCCGCUACUGA